UCCACCCGUUCCUCCUCCUCCCACCCCUUGCUCCACCAACCGCCGGCCGCCGGCUGUCUCCCCGCCUUCUCCACCCAGGCUAUGACCCCGGCGGCUCGUUCCUCUGCCAUCGCGCCCUCUAGCUCCUCUGCCACCAGACCUUCUAUCCAAGGCGCUAGGGUUUCAGGUGGAAAGAGGGGUCGGGAUUUUCCGGCCGGCCGGGGGCCACGGGGAACCCGUAUGGAGAUGGAAGCAGCGCUGGAUUUGGAGGAUCUCCUCCACAGUUUCGUUUCGGCGGGAUUUGGCGGCCGACCGGAGGACACGGUGGCCCGUACGGCCACGGUCGGGCGGCGGCCGAGGCUGGGGGCGGAGCUGGAGAUGGAGGAUCUCAUCCACAAUGUUCGCGUCGAGCUCAACCGCAAAGAAAAGGAGAAGAGCCUGACUACUCUAGGUCAUAUUAGUGGUUGAUUUAGUGAUAUAAGUUGGCAUGUGAGGUCUUGGCAUUGACAUGGGUAAAGAAAAUUAUGGAUCCUGAAUGUUCUCUCUCUGUACAGUCUCUAAAAUAGUUUGCUUAUGGUGCUAUUACGCAUGAAUUUAUUCAGGUGAUGCCACUAAAGCCUGAAAUCUGUAUAUUCUUUUGUUUAAUAACAAUCUGCAACAGUACUUAUGCUCCUUAUAUGUAUUUGCACUUUUAAAAUCUGUAUAUUCUUUUCUAUAUGAUGCAUUUCUAAACAAAUUGUGUUAAACAUAGCAUGAAAUCUUAUUUUCAGAUCAUUGACGAUGUAGCUAUGAAUAUAUUUUAAACAGUACACCUGCAGUUUCUAAAUUGGAUUAUAUUGAUAUGUGAAGAUAUU